AGAUUAUAACAAUAUUGAUCGAUCGCAACACUAAUUGUUAAAAAAGGUAAAGAGAAAAGAAAGAAAGAAAUCAACCGCCAAGGCAUUUUUGCAAUUUUAUAUUUUUGGAAGAAUUAAAUGAUUAGUAGUACGUCUUGGCUUGUUAAACAAAAAUGAAUCCUUGUACGGUUCCUGCUCCUCAACUAGAUUCGGAUGGAGAUGGACGGUGGAAUAGUAUUCACAAUAGAUUUCUCUCCGACGCGAAAGGGAAGGAUGCGGAUGUUAUUUUUAUAGGAGAUUCUAUUUUACAAGCGUUAGAACAUACUGAAGUAUGGAACCAGUGGUUUGCACCUCUUCAUUGCCUCAAUUUCAGCAUUCACAGGGAUCAGACACAGAAUGUACUUUGGCGUAUAAAAAAUGGAGAACUUGACCAUGUGGAUCCCAAAGUGAUAGUGGUACAUGUUGGCACAAAUAAUGUUGGAAAUACCCCUCAAGAAGUGUGUGAUGGGAUCUUAGAAAUAAUUAGAACUAUCAGGGAGAAACAACCAAGCGCUUACAUAGUACUGCCUAGUCUUCUCCCACGAGGCCAACAUCCCAAUAAUUUAAGAGAGAAAAAUGCCAAGAUAAACCAGCUGUUGCGGGAAAAAGUUGCAAACAUGAACAGAGUUGAAUUGGUCUCUAUAGACAAAGGUUUCAUCCAAAAUGAUGGCACUAUAAGCCACCAUGAUAUGCAUGAUUAUCUCAUUCCCAGUAAUGCUGCAUGUCGUAAAGCCUUUGAACCCAUCUAUGACCUCCUUCAGCAAAUUUUAUCAGAGGGUGAACCUGAAAAAGAUCUAACACCCUCAGAAUAAAUAGAAUUAUGAUAGCUUUUUUAUAAUGCAGCAAGCUCAUUGUGAUUAUAUAGUACUUACAAUUUAGCUUUUUUUAUAUUAUAGUUAUAAGAUCCAGUGUGUUAAUAUAUAUUGAUAUUAUUAAGUUUACUACUUUUACAUUCCAAAUUAGAAAUUUUAGUUGUAUGAUUGGCUGUGUUUAUAUUUACUACAGAACUCAUUUGAGUAGUUUAAUUUGAAUGGAGUAAUAAGGUCCUCAUAUGAUGAAAUAAUGGCACCAAUCUUGGCAAAUAUUCUUUGUUAUUGUGUACUUAAAAGCAUACUCUAAUUUAUUGCUAUAUUUGGCAUUGUUAUUCUAAUAUUUGUUUUUUUAACCGUUAGAAAUAUUGUUUACAUAUAUUUGCAAGUCAGCAUUAGUAUGUAUAGCUAUAAUGUGGAGUACACUCAUGUGGAGUUAAUGAAGUACAUUAUUUUAAUUUUCUAAUUCAAUGAAUGGACAUUCUAGCAUUGUUUUAACUUGAUUACAUCACAACAUCCUGUUUAAAUUAUUUAUAUAUUUCUACCAAAGAUUUAGAGAUCAACCAAAGGUUAAAAAAAUACAACUGUAACAUUUAUCUACUUGCUUUAUUAAUUAUAGGUUUGUGUGCUCAUUUCUAAAUAUCAAUAACAAAUAAAUUUAUGAACCCAAAUUUGAUAAAAUGGUGACAUGAAUAAAUUGCAGACUGAAGUAAAUUUAGGUUACAAACCUUUAAUAUUAUUAUAAUAUUGCCUUGAUAAUGUCCAGUCUUAACUUUUAUUUGGGUACAGUAUGAUAUCUCUUCAUAGUGAAAUUAAUUAAUAUGAAGUAUCUUAUUGUUGUUUAAAAAUAUUUGUUUGUGAUUUUCUGGUGACUUUUGGUUUCUGCUAAUGUUAACUCUAUAUCGCGUCGCAAUAGUAAUCCUUAUUGUCUGUGUAUAAGAACUACUAUAGAUAUGUAAUAAUAGUUACCUACCACUUGUUGCAUUCCACAUCAGGAAAUAUAUGAUUUGUAAGCAAGAGACUAUCGAAAGACAUGGGAAAUCAGAUUUUGUAUUUUCUUGAGUUUUGAUUCAUUAGUGUUGUAGAUAUAUAAGGUACUGUUAGGUACUCAAGUUGCCAAACAAAAGUUGCUUGAAUCUCUGUUUGUUAUAAGUAUUUAUUUGCAUGCAAAAGCUUGAAAAUAAACAGUGCAAUUAUUUCCAUAAAA